AAUUAAAGUUGUUUAAAAAAAAAAAAAGUGACUAAAAAGAUUAUCCUUACCUCAUUUUCCAUAUUUUUCUGUUAUUCUGGCUGCUAGAAUUGAAAUGGGAAAGAAAAUCCAGGAAAAAUCUGAUAUCCAAUGAACGUUACCAUAGCUUUUCAAUUUCUUAGAGCUGAGAUUCUCAAAUUCUUUUGUUCACUCUUUAAAACCCAUUUCUGGUUUUCCCAUUAAUUCUUUUACAGUAUAUAUCAGUGGUGAAAAAUGGCCAGAACAUUGAUUCCACUGUUGAUUAUUCUGUUUCUUUGCUGCUGCUAUGCAUCGGUCGUUGAAGCAUCAAAGAAAGCAUCCAGAAAAUAUAUGAAAUACAAAGAUGCAACGCUACCAGUGGAAGUAAGGAUUCAGGAUCUGUUGAAGAGAAUGACUCUUGCUGAAAAGAUUGGACAGAUGGCCCAAGUCGAACGUGAAAACAUGACUGCUCAUAUUGUAAAGAAAUACAAGAUAGGUAAAUUACUAAUGCCUUUGAAUACUUACCUACAUGUACAUGCAUCAGCAGCUCUGAUAGAUCCUCAUAAAUCAUUAUGGCGCAGGGAGGGAGCUCUGAGAACUCGUCUUGGGAUCCCCUUGAUCUAUGGGAUCGAUGCUGUUCAUGGACACAACUAUGCGGAUCCUGAGCUGGUAAAGAGGAUUGGAGCUGCAACUACUCUUGAAGUUAGAGCAACUGGCAUGCGUUAUGCAUUUGCACCGUGCAUUGCAUUGGAUUCCCUCGCAAAGGGUGUUGCCACAAUUAUGGCAUCCUACUCGAGCGUCAAUGGCGUCAAGAUGCAUGCUAAUUACAAUUUGCUUACCAGAUACCUCAAACACAAACUCGGUUUCAAGGCCUUUAUCAUCUUUGAUUAUCCAGGAAUCGACAAGAUUACAUAUCCUGAACACAAGAACUACACCUAUUCACUCCAAGCUUCAAUUCUGGCUGGUAUUGACAUGGUCAUGAUUCCUUACAACUACACAGAGUUCAUCAAUGGUGUCACCAAUUUGGUUAAGAAGGGUGUCAUUCCCAUGAGCCGUAUAGAUGAUGCUGUGACAAGGAUCUUGCGUGUCAAGUUCACCAUGGGCCUCUUUGAGAACCCGCUCGGUAAUUAUAAGCUUGCUCACAAGGUUGGAUGCAAGACAAUUGAGUGGCAAGGACUUGGCGGUAACAACCUCACUUCCGGUACCACCAUCCUCAAGGCCAUUGAAUCCACCGUCGAUAAAACCACCCAAGUCGUCUAUAAGGAAAAACCCGACGAAAACUUCGUCAAGAAAAAUAACUUCUCGCACGCCAUGGUCGUCGUAGGCGAGGUGCCUUAUGCAGAGACAAGGGGCGAUAACCAGAACCUGACCCUCCCUGCUCCCAGGCCGGAAACGAUCAAGAACAUUUGUGGGUUGGUUAAAUGUGUGGUGAUCGUCGUCUCCGGACAUCCCCUUGUUAUUGAGCGGUAUCUUGAAUCGAUCGCUGCUCUGGUGGCGGCGUGGUUGCCCCGAAAGUGAAGGGCAGGGAGUGGCUGAUGUGCUCUUUUGGGACUUGAGAGUGGAUCAGCUUCCGAUGAAGGUAGGUGACCCGCAUUAUGAUCCCCUCUUCUCUUUCGGAUUUGGGCUCAAGACAAAGCUCAAUUCCCAGUUCGCUUGAUCAAUCACUGAUGUAUAACGUGUCUUUUAUAGCCAUGUGUUAACAAAAAAAGUUUUUUUAA